AUGGGUGGUAAGGUGUCUGAUAAUUUCUACAACCUGGCAGAUAACAGAGUUAUAAGUGUGAGGAAAAGAAGCACUAUAGCAAUGACCAUAUUUAACUUACAUUUUGAGAGAUUGACUGUUUUGGUUGGAUCUUCACAUGGUUGGCUAGCUUAUUACUGGGCGCAUUCCAACAUGAAUCUGUUUCUGUACAAUCCACUCUCUCGUCGUCAAAUUAAGCUCCCAUCCGUCAAAACAAUUCCUCUUGCUGAAGAGAUUUUGAGAGACUGUUGGGGGAGACCGCAAAAGCUCAUCCUUUCAUGCUCUCCGGAUGAAGAAGACUGCCGUGCGAUUUUGUGUUUUGGUCCAAGAGGUAACAUGGCAUUCUGCUGCCCCAGACAAAGUACUAAGUGGACUCCUUUCGGCUCUCACUUUCACGAAAACGAGAAACUCAACGAGCUUCUUCGGGAUGCUUGUAUCGUACGGGCUUACGAUGAUUUCGUCUACUCCACCACGCAAAAGCAAUUGUUCUGCAUCACCCAAUUUGCCGACAUUGAAAGUUGGGAUCUUGGAGACCCUACGUCUCCAAAAUUGAAUUGGAAGAAGGCGGGGGAUGACUUCAGGAUGUGGUACUCGUGCAAGUACCUAGUAUUCGCAGAGCAUUCGAAUCGACUGUUUCUUGUACGACGCCAUAUAAUGACACACAUGGGCCCUGACGGUUCCCCUGUCGUGGUAGGUAGUCACUACGAGAGGGGUGGUUUACCGGAUACCGUUCCUUACAAGACUACUGGUUUUGAUGUUUAUGAAAUCGAUAGAGAGAAAGGAGAGUUCAUCAAGUACAUGGAUCGCACACUUGAUGGUAUGACGUUCUUCAUCGGUUCGACUGGACAUGGUUUCGUGAUUGAAGAAAGGGAUGAAAUGAUCAAGCCCAAUUCCAUCUAUUUCACCGACCCGGAUAGUCACACUCCGGCAAAUUGGGAUAAAUAUAAAACGUACGGUGGCCACGAUCUAGGCAUUUUUAAUUACAAAAACAGGACUUUCUCCCCAUGCUACUAUCCAUGUGAUAUCCAGAAAGUCGAGAGGAUUCAGCCAACACCAAUAUGGUUUACUCCAUCCCCAUCCCCUGCUUCGAAAUUUUAG